CUUGGCUUUCUUUCAGUUUCCUGCUUCCUGGCACGGAGGCUGCUUCUGAGAAACGGUGUUUCAAGGAGGCCGAGGGGGUUCUGUUCCGAGUGUUUUCCGUCUCCUGCGAGAGAAAAACUCCACUGCUCUGGUGAUAAGGUUCUACUGCGAGGUGUCUACACCAGACAGCAGCUCACUCUCUUCUGGAGAGUCAGAAAGAGAACAAGUUCGUUUGUGUGAUUUAUAAUACACAUUCUUCAACAAAGGGAAGACAGACAGAAAGGUGGCUGAGCCCGUGGACCAGGGACGUGCACCCGAGUGAGGGAGGGGCAUGGACAGCCCGGGCGCUGUGGCCGCACACCUGCAGGAGUGCCUGCACCUGCUGCAGCAGCUGGCGGAGGCUCCGGGCGCACCUGCGCGGGACCAGCGCGGGGACAAGGACCAGCCACACGGAGCUGCACUCCCCGGCGAGCUGCGGACCCUCCUCCAGGAGGCCAAGGACAUGGCGUGGCCCUUCGUGCCCGAGAAGUGGCAGUACAAGCCCGCCGCGGGCCCCGAGGACAAAGCCAACCUGCAGGACCUGGUGGCCGCCGGGCUGCAGCAGCUACUGGUGUCCUUGAAGGCCGCCAUCCUCGACGGGGACGGUGCCACGGCGGCAGCCAUCCUGUUCCUGAGCGACCGGCUCCUCUACGGGCUCGACGCGUCCCGCCAGCUCCUGCAGGGCAUCUCCACCUCGCUGGGGAUACUGGCCGACAUCUUCGUGUCCAUGAGCGAGCACGACUACGAGAAGUUUAAAAACAACCCCCACGCGGCCCUGAAUAUCCGGGGCACCUGCCUGCUGUCCUACACCAGCGCCAGCGCCUGUCCCCCUGGGAUGCGGGCAGCGUAUCUGCACGACGCUAGAGAGGCCUUUGAAAUCGCCCCGGAACAGGCAGCGCUCUCUCGGGAGAUCAUGGGUGGGAUCGCGCAGGUGAAGGACCUGCUACAGGCUCAGAGCUUCCCGAGUUUGGAAGACGGGGCGUACGUCCCCACGGGCUUCACGCGCGGGCUGGACAGGCCCCUCCUGCUGGGGCGUGUGGACUUCCAGGCGGUCCUCCAGGCCCAUGCCCAGCACCACACCUCGGUGUGUGGAGUGUUUGAAAGCAUCUGUGGAAACAAGAAAAAUGAACAGAAGGCUCCAGACACGGGCGUCUGCCUCACGGCACUGAGCACGGACACACGGGGCCCGGAGUCCGUGGGUGCUGAGGGCGGGCCGUGUCUCCAAACAGGCGGGGGGCUGUCUCCCUCCCAGGCGGCUACGAGGAGUCUGGAGGCGCCCCAGCGGGCGGGGAGGAGGGACUGGAUCCAUUCGGACACAUUCCGCGUCUCCCUGGACCCAGACGUGGAGACCGAGGCCGCGUUGCGAGGCCACGGCAGCGGGGACGCUGCUCCGAGUGGCAGCGGGAGCUCCAGUCCCUGGAGCAGCUGCUCACCCCGGGCCCUCACUGGGGUCUGCGUCUGGGUCUUCUGGUUCCCCUGGGCCCCAGAGCGCGGCCACAUGGCCUUCGUGCCAAGAAGGAGAGACCUUGGAGAUAACGGACGAGGUUCCAGCAGUCGGUGGCGAUGCCGCACACAGCCUGCCUCCGGGAGCCAGGAGGCCUGCACCACCACGGAGGAGGGGAACCAGCCCGUCCAGCUCAGCCUCAGCGGCAGCGGCAGCUCUGGCUCCUCCUGGGGGAGCUGGUGGAGGCUGCCCACUGCGUCCAGGGGGUCCUCUGAGGGGGGCGAGCCCUGGUCCUUCCUGAACUCCAGCGGGAGUUCCUUCGGGUCGUUGGCGGGAGAGACGCGGCAGGAGACGCUCGAGGCUCGCACACUGCAGCCCCAUGACCUGGAACAGCUCCUGGCAGGCGUGACGCAUGACUGGUUGCUACGGAGGCUGGAGGGCACAGGGGUGUUUAGGCCCAGCCGCCUGCACCAGGCGUACGAUGCUCUUUUGUUGAAAUAUUCCAAGAAGUCGGAGCUGUGGACGGCCCAGGAGACUGCUGUGUACCUGGGGGACUACCUGAGGGUGACGAAGAAGGGCAGACAGAGGAACGCCUUUUGGGUUCAUUAUCUCCAUCAAGAAGAAACGCUGGGGAGGUACGUUGGGAAGGAGUAUAAGGAGCCGAAGGCGCUGUGGCUGCACUUCUCCGACGUGGAGCGCCAGGCGACCGCCCAGCACUACGUCACGGAAUUCAACAAGCGACUUUAUGAGCAACAGAUCCCAACCCAGAUCUUCUACGUCCCCUCCGUGGCGCUGCUGAUUUUAGAGGACGAGACGAUAAAAGGGUGUGUCAGUGUGGAGCCUUACAUACUGGGGGAGUUUGUGAAAUUAUCCAAUAACACGCAAGUGGUGAAGACCGAGUACAAAGCCACCGAAUACGGCUUGGCUUACGGCCACUUUUCUUACGAGUUUUCCAACCACAGGGAUGUCGUAGUAGAUUUACAAGGCUGGGUGACCGGCGACGGGAAGGGGCUGCUCUACCUGACGGACCCCCAGAUCCACUCGCUGGGCCGCAGAGAGGUCACCACCAACUUCGGGAGCCGGGGCAUCUCCUACUUCUUCAACCACCAGCACGCGCAGUGCAACGACAUCUGCCGGCGUCUCUCCCUGACAAGACCGCCAACGGAGACGCGGAACAACUCGUAGGCUUUCUGGGGAUGCGGCAGCCUCGAGAGCCGCUCACGGGGACCAGGUCCCCCCCUCCAGGUGCGCAGGGGUCAGCGCAGCCUGGUCCCGGGGGCUGGGGGCCUGGGGCGGGGCUGGCCAAGGAUGGCGAGAGGAACCGAUGAGUCCAUUUCAGGUUCACACUUGGACCCGUGCCAGACCCUGGGUCUCUCUCCCUCUUUCACUUUCCCCUCUCGGCAUCUCCCCCAAUAAAUGUCUGCACGUCU